AGCUUCAAAGAUAAGAGACACUUAGUACAACCCACACUCACUUCACACUAACUUCCCUUUUCUUGGUUUUUCUUUUAUCAGUUUCCUCAACAAUUCAACCACAACUUUUCUUCUUCUUAUUAUUAUUAUUUCUCUUAUAUUUCUUGUGCAUUACAAAACAUUUUCAUCAAAUUCUUGAAUUCUAAUUCAGCAUCUCAUGAUAAUAAUUUCAAGAAUGACACGAUCUGUUCCUUUAUUAUUAGCUCUGUUUAUGAUGCUCUCAAGUUUCGCAAACUCAUCGCCAAUACCAAAACCAAGAAUGCUCUAUCAAAUUGCAUGCACAAUGUGUUCAACUUGCUGCAACCCUAAUCCAUCUCCACCGCCACCGUCUCCUCCCCCGCCGUCUCCACCACCACCUGCCUCCACCAACAACUGUCCACCACCACCAUCUCCUCCAAGCUCAUCCGGCGGCGGCUCUUCCUAUUACUCUCCACCUCCACCUGCAACUUACACUUAUUCAUCUCCGCCCCCACCACAAGGCGGCGGCGGUGGAGGUGGAUCUUAUUACUAUCCUCCACCAGAUUAUAAUAACUACCCCACGCCACCGCCUCCUAAUCCAAUAGUGCCGUAUUUUCCAUUCUAUUACCAUACUCCACCGCCGGGGUCUGGUUCUUUGAAGCUAAUGGGUUCUUUAAGUUGCACUAUUAUUGUUUCUUUACUAAUUUUUUUGUUUAAUUUGUUGUUUUAAUUAAAGAUUAUAAUUAAAUUAAAGAAAUUAGAAUAAUGUGGCAAAUUGGCAGAUCUGAGAAUUAUGCAGCUGAGGAAAAAUCACAAGAGAGAUUCCUGAAAAUUUCAGGAAACAAAAAUCAAGAAUCAAGAAUUCAGCAUAAUUACAAAAAUGCCAUUCUUGGACAGAGCUUGAAGUGUAAGAGAAUUACUAGGAUGAUGACAACAUGACAAGUAAUUUUAUUUACUCUCUUUAAUUAAUUUUCAGUCUUGCUGUGAAGUGAAUGAUUUGUAAUUUGUUAGACAAAUUGUAUCUAGUGUAUUUUAAUUUGUUUUUUCUUUGCAGUUAUUAAUUGGAAAUAGUUAAUGAACUGUAGUCAAUUUUAUGAUUAAUAAUUAAUAAAGUUAAAAGCUAGCUUUUCUUUUUUGUUGAGUUCAA